AUGUUUAAUUAUUAUAAGUACUUUAGAACUAACUAUUUUAAAUAUCGAUUUCUACAUAUAAAUAUAAGCAAACGUUUUCAUGCUUUUACCAAAGUGGUGGGAAAAAUACAAGAAACUGCAAUUAAAAACACGGAGAAAAAUAUAAAGCUGAAAGAAAAAAUCAAGCUUAUUGUUUUUAGCUCAUUUUAUUUUUUUGCUUGUGAUUAUUUAUAUCAUGUGUAUAUAUUAAAGGGCAACAAAAAGGUGGAAGAGGGUGAAACAUAUACAACAAAAGAAAAAGUGUUAACAUAUAAUACCAAGAAAGAUGAAAAUAAAUACCAGAAUAAUGAAAUGAUGCCCAAUUUUAUUAAAUGGAUAAAUAUAUUUUCAAGACCGGAACAAACGGACAAAUAUAUUUUACAAAAGGAUGGACCAAAUACCACCGAUCAAAAUCCCCAAAUGGGUGAUAUCAAUGUAGAUGAUGAAAAUACCUAUGUGAUAAAAAUAAAUAAUAUAAAAAAAAAACAAGACGAAGAAAAUUAUCAAAGGGAUGAAUUUACUGUCAUUAGAAAUAAUAUGUUUGGCUACAAUAUGGGGAAUGUCAUUGGUGGUAACACAGGAAAAAGUCCAAUACAAGAAAGAAAUUUUAAAGAAAUAAUUGAAAAUAAUUUAUAUCGAAAAGAUUUAUUAAGUGGACAUAAUCUUUUUUUGGCUGCUAAUGGAGUUAUAUUUUUAUGCUGGAGAUUGGGUGAUAUUGUUCGAAAUAAAAGGUUUUACAAUUUUAUGUCUAGACAUUUUAUAUGUUCAUAUGAAAAUUUAAAAAAAAAACGUUAUCAUACCAUUUUUACAGCUAGUAUUAGUCAUAUGACAUUACCACAUUUUUUAUUCAACAUGUGGGCAUUCCACACAAUUACCAAUACAUUAUUAUAUCCAGAAAUUAAAGAAGAAAAAACAAAUUACUAUUAUUUUUUUAAUUACAAAUCAAAUACUUUAGAAAAAAAAAUUACAAAUAAAGAUAUAAUUAGUGUUUGCCUUUUAUCUUCUGUAAUGUCAACUAUUCCAUAUGUUUUAAUUAACAGAUCAACUCAACUUUUAGGUGCAUCUGGAGCUAUAAUGGGCCUCGUAUACACUUUAUCAGUAGUUAAACCAAAUGAAAUAUUUGUUUCUGUAUUGCCGUUUCCUUAUUUAAAACUAUCAGCCCUACAAUUAUGUCACAUGUCGAUUUUAACAAAUUUCAUUUUUUUAUUUUACAAAAGAAAUAAUUUUAAUAUUGCAUGGUCAGCACAUUUAUUUGGUUUAUUAGGCGGUGCAUUAUAUAGCUAUUAUCAAAGAAAAAUAAAUAACAACUAUAAUUAUUAUCCCUUUAUUCAGUUAUCUACUCAAAAUGGCUACCUUGAUUACAAAAAUACAUAUCUAGAUUUACUAGAUUUCAUGAAAACCUUAAAACUUCAAACUAUAUAUUUUUUUUCAUUAGAUCAACGAAAUAUGCAACAAAUAAACAAACAAUUAUACAUGAUCCAAUAUGCAAAAUCACAAAGACGCGCAAAAAUUCAUGCAAUGAAAAUUAACAAUUUGAAACAAAUGGAAAAGUGA